CAAAUGUCUAAUGUCAUUGAGUGACUUUUAUCUGUUUAUUAGCUGAAAUUCAUCAAUAAAAUUUAAAUACAGUUUUAAUUAAAUUAAAGAAACCCAAAAGGUAUAAAAAAUGACUGGAGAGACCGAAGAAAACAUUUUCUUGUUUGUGCCAAACAUUAUUGGAUAUGCUAGGAUAAUACUAGCAGUGAUAGCUUUCUAUUUCAUGCCCACAAACUAUAUUAUAGCGACGGUUUGCUACGUGGUGUCCGCUUUACUUGAUGCAUUUGAUGGUCAUGCUGCAAGAUACUUUAACCAAGGAACUAAAUUCGGAGCCAUGUUGGAUCAGCUGACUGAUAGAUGUGGAACUAUGGGACUAGUGGCUGUUUUAGCUCAUUUAUAUCCAAAAUACAUGUUUCCUCUACUGCUCUCAAUGUGCAUCGAUGUUUCAUGUCACUGGAUUUUCCUCCAUACGUCUGUUCUUCAAGGCAAGCAGAGCCACAAAUUUAUUGACAUGUCUGAGAACCCAAUAAUGAAUGUGUAUUAUACAAAUAGAACGGUGUUAUUUUUUAUGUGUGCUGGAAAUGAGGCUUUCUACGCAUCGCUAUAUCUCUUGUAUUUCACACCAGGACCGAUAGUGUUUGGAAUAUCCCUCUUCAAAAUAAUUUUGUACUUGACUGCACCCAUCAUGUUGGUGAAAACAUUGAUCUCGUUGCUGCAUUGUUUGGUGGCUUCUAAGAAUCUCUCUAUUAUUGAUGUUAAUGAGCGUAAAGAUCUUCUUAAGAAGGCAGAGUAAUAAUUUCCAGGUCUUCCUUAUUGUGGCAACUAAAUCAGACCAAAAACCAUUAUUUGUUGUUAUUAGUAUUUCCUAAACACUUCCUUGCAUUUGCAAAUAAUAUAAUAAAUGUAUGUAUUUUAUUUCAGUUUAACCUUCUUGUUAAGUGCAGUAUUUAUUAAUUUAUUGAAAAGGGCGUCCAAAAAAUUGUUCGAAAAUGGGAAAUAUCUAAAAACUCGUGAAAAGAAUACCACAAGUCCGUAUAACAUUGUUUCAAAUAAAUCUCCUCUUUGGAAAUAUAGGCUUCCAAUUGGCUUAUUAGCUGCAUCAUCAUAUUUACGGGCCUACCUACUUAAGACAUAAAGUUCAAGGUAUGAACGUUCGAGAAUGUUUCACAAGAAACGCUGGAAAACGUUUAUACAUUUGCCUAAUGACGCACGUAAGUACCCUUCAGUCAUGUCGAUGAUGUGCGCUGUUUCCGGAAAAACGUUAUUCUAUUUACAGCAUGUGUGUGCAAACAUGUGCCUUGCCAAAUGUGUAUGUCCGAAGUGGCGAUUUGUAUGAAAAAACUUAAUGCCAACUUGUAGUAUCUUUUUCAAGUAUUUGUUUUAUACCCAGGUGAUUUUCCACAUUUUUACGGGCACCCUAUAGUAUAGAGCUAACUAUUUUGCCAGAGUAAAAUAAUGUGAAAUACUUAAGUAGAAAUAUUACAAAUAUUAGAACCCUCUAGAGUUAUACCAAAAAUUUAGUAUUAUGUGAUUAUUUAACAUGAAUGUCAUAAUGUUGAAUUGA